UGAGCAUCGAGUUUUCAGUAAUGCGGUAGAGAGUUCCUAAACACUCCAUCGAGUUCAUUGCCCGUCUUGUGCCAACGAGAAGAUACAUAAUCACGUGCCCCGCCUUAUCUGAAUAUUUCGCUCCUACGCAGGACUUCCGACAACCCCGAUGCAGCAAUCGUUCGGACUAGACAGUUUGCCAUCGAGACUCAGCUACCAUAUUAAUGGCACUUUCAUUUCUUCCUAGUAUUAGCUCCGAAAGUUCUUCCUCUUUCUGAAAAUCCAAACCACAAUUAAUAACUAUCAUGUCUAAAACUACUGUUGCCGAGGUCGAAGCUUCCAAUCCUAACCAAUUGCCUGGUGACAUUGAUACCACCGACAGUAACCUCAGAUACGCUGCCUACGCCAACCGUUUCCGUACAAUUUUGCUCGCUUCACAGCGUUAUGUUGCCUAUACGUCCGAUAUUGGUGAGCUGUUCCGUCCUGUGGCUCAUCCGGCCAUGGUCAAAGCCGGUUACGGGAUCUCGUGGAUGUACAUCCUCGGUGACGUGUCCUACGAAACGUGGAAGGCAAAGAUGAGACAGGAGGGCCGCUAUGUUCCUGGUUUGAAGCCAUGGGAUAAGUUACCCGAAGCUAAUUUGAAGGCGGCGGCUAUUUCCAAGGAAAGUGAGCGUGAUUGGAGGCUUGUGGGUUUGCAGCGUGGUAUUUUCCAGAGCAUUGCAUCCAUGGGUUUACCGGCUUUCACAAUCCACUCCUCCGUCAGAUACUCGUCAAUUCUCUUUAAAAACUCCGCAAGCAAGCUGUUGAAAACCUACGGGCCGGUUGGUGUGGGUUUAGCCGUUGUUCCAUUGUUGCCUUACUUGUUUGAUGAGCCAGUGGAGCACAUUGUCGAGUAUGUGUUUGACAAGGGUGAGGAGUUGUACACAGGUAAGACCCACAAGAAAUUUGAAUAAAGUGACAAGUUACAGUGUUUAUAUAUGGCCACUUUGAAAUUUUGCUCAGAAAUAGAUUUGUUUUUGCUGAAGGGCUGUAGUGGUUCUGGUUGGUUCAUAGGCAUGGUGUGACCAGUAUUACAUCUCUUGAAAAUAAACAUACAUCCCAGUUAUGGAU